UGGAAACCCAAAGAAGUUCUAUUGCCCAUUUCAGGACCGACAAGCGUUGGACGUUGUUCUCAGGAAAAGACGCGCUAGUCUGAAGAGGGCUAUAGAAAUCUACAUGGACGAGGGUCCAAUAUCCAUCUCAGAUAUGCAGAUUCCGGAGUGUACAUCUCAAGACCGUGCUUCUGAGGUUAGCGAUGAUUUUCUUGCCAUUACUGCCUUUCCAGCCUGGAAAGAAGUUACGCAGGCAAACACCACCAUUCGAGUUACAUUUGACAUGGAAAACGACCUGGCUCGUGGGAUGGAUGGCGCGGUGAAAAUCCAGAAAAACAUGACCCGAGAAGUUCGCUUCAAACGUGGUCGAUGGUUCACCGCUGAUGAGAACGGCAAGUUCCACAUGUACAGUGGAUAUCGUAAUGGCAAGACUGCGCAACUCAAGAAGCAAAAGCUAUCGAUAUUUGGACUUGUUUUAAGCUAUAACUCGAAAGAUGGAAGCUUGGAGCUUAGUGACGAGGAUUUCAAUGAAUCCAAAAAGAUUUACCCCACGUUGAGAGAGGAAAUGAUUGGAUUUCCAUUGGCACGCGUCAGUCGUAUGCAUUCAGAUUCAAUCACGCCGCUGAAACGCAAUCCUCCGGCUGCUCCCAAACCAUGCAACGUAAAAUGGUCCAAUGCCUUGCGACUUGACCCAACAACAACAGGUGGUCGUUGCUUACAUUUCACUGCUUCAUCCGCUGGUGAUAUGUUCGUUAUUUUCGCAACCGUGCCCAGUAAACGCUCUACAUGGUACUAUGUGCAGAUGGGAGUCAACAAGGUUGCAAUUUACAAGGGAGAAACGGAGGUUACAACAACAUCAGACACUGGAGCAUUAGCAAUAGGAGAUACCUUGCUGUAUCAGUCGUACUUUGUCUGCUUAUACGAGAAACCCGACAGUACCCUGAUUGAAUAUGGAAAGACCCUAGGCACUUCAGACGGCGGAGAUAUAUACCUCAUGCACCUUGACACCGACAAUCCCUUGAAUGUGCGCUUUUACGCUUUUGGCAACUUGAAUGAAGCUGUUAAAAUAUGGGACGCGCAUAUUGUACCGCGUGACACAACGGAUGCAGACUGCAAAGGCGAUACGUACAAAGAUCUCCCAACAAAUUUAUGUGUUCAGAAGUGCCAUCAAUAUUGUGAUCCUUUUGCAGGUUGUAGAACUCCCGGCGCAGAGGAUUUACAGCCUUCAGAUUGCUUGGCUUGCAGAGUUGCAAAGGAUCCACUGACCAACACAUGCUUAGAAAAAUGCCCGAAAGACAGAGAGCCUGUAGAGGGCAAGGAAUGCUUAGCUACAUUUGACGCGAAGACAGUCUACACAGAUGCAAUCGCACCACUGAUUAACUUAAAGCCAAUGGGUGGGGUAGAAGUGCAGCAGAUGCCAUAUCUCAAUCACAUGACCUUGUGCGUGUGGACAAAAAUGCCACAGACAAGUGUAACUGGAUUUAGACACAAUGUGCUUGUCAAUUAUCAUGAGGAAAGCUCAAAGAAAGGAUUCGCCUUAUAUUUCACUCAUUGGGAUGGCGCUGAAGCGAGUAUUCCUCCGUCUGGUCGGUUAAGCUUCUCCAACCCGGACAGAUAUUUCGUGUUUUCAAAGAAAUUUCUCGAUGACUACAAUUGGCAUCAUGUUUGCGUUACUUGGAACGGUGUAACUGGGGUGACUGUGGCAUACGUGGACGGGGUUAAAGAUAGCACUGGCAAAGGUGGUAAAGAUACUCCAGGUGGAAUAAUCAAAAAUUCAUUACCAGGUGGUGGAACCUUAACGGUGCUUAGCUACUACAGUCAGGUAGUUUACCUGAGUGGGGUUAACCUAUGGAAUAGAGUUCUAUCUGCACAGCAGAUCGCUGAGUCAUCAAAAAGCUGCGUUAAAAGCCAUGGAAAUGUGAAGCAAUGGUCUGAUUUUUGGCCUGGAUUUAAAACUGACAAAACUAAGUAUGAGUCGCCCUCCGAAUGUAAGUCUCCUCGGGCUAGCCCUGGGGAUGUGAUGGAAGGAAAUGGUGCCGAAGCAGUGUCUGGAGACCCGGCAGAGGACAGCAAAAAUUAUUACUGGAAACUGAAGAAGCUAGCAGCAAGGAAGUAUAGUAAAAAGGGUCACUGAAAUUGAGAAGCGUUUGGCUACCCUAGCGUUGAAUUGAGUUUAAUAUUCCUCUCUAUUUUCUCGGCCAAUAUGAAUGUUAGCUUAGUGCAGGUCAUUAGUUGAUUUAAAAAUAAACAGUGCUACGACGAGAACAGGUGUUACAAGAAUUCGGGCGUUAAACUUGAGCUAGUGAUCCACGUAGAAAUUGUUACG